AUUCCUAACGUGUGCUGAAUUCGAAGGACUUUGCUGGGCAUACAGACGUCAUCUGUGUAAGGUAUCAUGCGAUCGGGGCUCUCCUGGAUUGUUCUGCUCUGCAUUUUGGGACAGGUUGCUAUAAAUACGUUCGAUCUCCAAAGAUAGCGGAUCGCUCAUUGUAUAACAGGGGAGGCCCGCAGUUCUAUCGAUCCUGUUGUCAUGAUGAUCCCUCGCAUGUAUUCUCGGGCCCUUAUAUAUACACUUCUCUUACUCACUCAAGGUCCCCUUUCCUACCCUUGCUCGGCCUGCUUGUCAUGGUCUUUCUGUCGCUCCUUGCUAUCUCCUGGAUAUUCCUACUGAUCCAAUACGCUACUGCUUCUGUCACUGUCUAUGGCUUAACGGGAGCUAUUGCUCCAACUGAUACCGCCUCAGCCAGCACAUCGGCAGCGUCACCAGCGUACACCGGUCAAGCUGCCUUCAACACAAUCGUUCUAACCGCACCCGCUCUGCCCAAUCCAGCACCUGCAACUCAAUUCGGUCUGCAGCUACAAAACAGUGCACAAAAUGUUGUGGGUUUGUCGAUCCAGCAGAGUGGCGCUUUCUAUGGUUUCUCCAUCGAAAUGAGUGUAGUCACUCAAGUCAUCGGUAUCAAUUCGACAUUCAUUAACCCUCCCUUCCUUAACCUCAUGUCUCUCAUUACGCAACGUGCUGGACGUGUGAAUAUUCGCGUCGGAGGUAACACGCAGGAAACGGCCGUUCUGGUCGAUAGCCUGCCUGAUGGUCUUGCUAUCCAGAAGGACAAAGUCGACUCUUCAAAUCCCACUGAGACUCCGACUUUGAUAUUCACGGCGGAAAUUAUUUACAUGUUGGCGAAUGUUUCUCAGCUCGUCAAUACCAAAUGGUAUCUAGGUGUCCCUAUGAAUGACACUGCCAACCUCCGACUGCAAAUAGCCGAAGCAGCGGAAUCAAUUCUGGGUAACAACCUACUCGGUCUCCAACUGGGUAACGAACCAGAUUUAUAUUCCGGACAUGGUCAUCGACCGCCAACGUACUCACCUUUUGACUACUUUGGCGAAUUCAGCGUUGUAGUCCAGGCUAUCCAGGACAACAGCAACAUACCCAUUCGGAAUAACCUCAUCGCGCCUAGUGUAGCUACAGGUCCCUGGAUUCCUGAAGAUGUUUGGAAUACGGGGUUUAUUCCAGCUUAUACUAAUUCCCUCGGUGCACUCGCAGUCGAACAUUACCCCGAUGACAACUGUGCCGCGGCCUUCCCCGACGCAGGGUUCGGUCCUCCGAAAGACCCACAAACGGUGUUCCAAAACUAUCUCACCCACACUUCCGGUAUCAACAUCGUCCAGCCAUACCUCAACUCAUCUCUCAUAGCUCAACAAAGCGGGAAACCAUUCCUCAUGUUUGAGACGAACUCGGCUAGUUGUGGUGGAUUCCCGGGAGUUAGUGACAGUUUUGGAGCAGCACUGUGGGCGUUGGAUUACGGAUUGCAAAUGGCGUAUAGUAACUUCUCUGGCGCGUUGCUGCAUGUGGGUGGAGCGGAUGACACCUAUAAUCCCUUCACUCCUCCACCAACCAACGAAACAGGCUUCCACCAAUGGACCAUCGGCCCAACCUUCUACUCCGUCCUCGCCAUGUCUGAAACCCUCGGAAACACUAACACGUCUCAACUCGUUGAUCUCCAGGCAAACGGGAACAACGAGUUCACACCUGCCUACGCCGUCUACGAGGGAGGUUCGUUGGCUAGGUUGGCACUGUUCAAUUUUAUAACUGACCCGAGUGGGGCGAACGAUUAUACUGUGAGUAUAUCCAUCGGGGGCGGGGACACUGGACAGCCGAAUGGAACACCAGCACAGGUAUCUGUCAAGUACCUUCUUGCGCCCUCUGUCGCGGAGAAAGAGAACAUUACCUGGGCGGGUCAAACGUUGGGUGCAAUGUUCAAAGCAGACGGUCGUCUUCAAGGCUCCGAACAAGUGCAAACCGUGACAUGCGACCAAAAUGCGAAUACUUGUGAUGUCAAAGUCCCUGCGCCAGGAUUCGCACUCGUCUUCCUCACGGACAAUGCCUUGCAAGAAUCCAACCCGCAGAGCACGAUGACGUUUUCGACGAGCAGCGUUACAAGGACCAUCAACACAGCGACAGUAGACCCAGCUGUGCUCGCCACUUCGAACGGGCAGAACGGACAAGUCCGAGCAGGGCUUGGGAGUACGAGUAAAGGUAGUGUGAACGCAGCUCGAGCUGCUAUCAUCGUUCCCAGUAUCGCUACUCUGCUUGCGUUGCUGGCUGGCCUCAGUAUACUGGGUGUACUGUCAAGGACAACAUCUUAAGCGUAUUAGUAUAGGACCGGGACCUUGGGUAGACUGGUAUAGGACAAUUGUAGGUAUAUUAUGUGGACAUUUUGCUCCAUCUUCACAGACAAUCUAUUGUAUCGCAUCUUACAUUCUACUCAAUCUUGUUUGCAAGCUCAUGC